AUGUCGAAUGUGUUGCUAAGUUCUAGUAUCGUUGAAAUGACUUCUGAUCGUUUCGAGGGUUGGUUACCACGUUUGUCUCCGAACAUUAAAAUGUUGAACCUUGCAAACAAUUCUUUCUUUGGACCCAUUUCCCCAUUCUUGUGCCAAGAGAUGAAUGGAGAAAGUUUGUUAGAGGUUUUGGAUCUAUCAAAUAAUAUUUUAUCUGGAGAACUCUCUCAUUGCUCGAUGCAAUGGCAAUAUCUGGCCAAUAUAAACUUGGGGAGGAAUAACCUAUCUGGUAAAGUUCCUAACUUAAUGGGUUCGCUACGCAUGCUCAAGUCAUUGCAAUUGCAUAAUAAUAAGUUCAUUGGAGAAAUACCUUUAUCAUUGCGAAACUGCACCUCUUUGAGUUUCAUUGAUUUAGGUGGAAAUGAACUCACCGGACUCAUUCCAAGUUGGAUUGGAGAUAUGCUGCACAUGGAGAUUCUUAGCUUAAGAUCCAAUAAAUUUAUCGGCAAUAUACCGACACAAAAAUGCCAACUUUCUGAUCUUAUAAUCCUCGAUCUUAGGAAUAACAACCUAUCUGGACCCAUACCAAAAUGUUGGAAAAAUAUCAGUGCCAUGAUUACCACGAAUCAACAAUUAUUUGGAAAUUUUGUCCAGUUGAACAAUAAUUUUGUUGAAUCCUACAUAAAUAUUCUCUCAUUGGUAACAAAAGGGAGGGAAUCCGAGUAUAAGAAUAUCCUUGGACUUGUUAGAACUACAUUGGAAAUUCUGAACUUUGUAGAGCCCCUCUCAACAACAAUUGCACAAGAGAAGAAGGAUCUCAAGGUUGAGAUGUGA